GGAGAGGAGCGCACCUCACCUACAUGUACACUUUGUACUCUUGAUGUAAUCAUCUGGGAAGUGAACGUCCAUGCAGCGCUUUGCAUUUGUGUCCAUUUAAAAAGUAUAUACAAAAAAAAGCUUUAAUCAAACAACGCUGAAGUCCAGAGGGUGAAAACGCUUUUGAAAGUAGCUAAGAUGACUGCCAUGACAAUUCAAUGAGAGGAGAGGACACCAAGUGAAGUAUCCCCCCCGCUCGCUGGAACAGAGAGGAGUGCUCAAGUUACAGAGAGGAAGAAGGAGAAGAGGAGUAAAAACAAGAAGGGAUAAGAAGAGAGGGAGAGGCAGGGGAGAAGUGCGAAGGAUAAACGGUGGAUGGAGGCGGCUCGGACCGGGGCUACGGAGCGCUCUUCACCGACGAAGAAGAACUGCAGCAGCAAGGGGGAGAAGCGAUGGAGGCAAAAGGCAGAAACAUGCCCUCAGAUAUUAGUUUCCUUCCCCGUCCAGCAUUGGUGUGGUGUGAGCGGGGCAUCCAGGUGCUGCUGACCACCAUGGGGGCGUUUGCGGCCUUCGCCCUGAUGACGGUGGCCAUUGGUACAGACUACUGGCUGUACGCCCGUGCCUUCAUAUGCAACAGCACGGCUAACUCGUCCCAGGAGGACUCCAACAACAAGGACAAGAAAGACCCAGGGGCACUCACCCACUCUGGUCUCUGGAGGAUCUGCUGCCUAGAAGGUUUGAAGCGAGGUGUGUGUUCCCAGAUAGAUCAUUUCCCAGACGAUGCAGACUAUGACCAAGAUUCUGCAGAGUAUCUGCUGCGUGUGGUGCGCGCCUCAAGCAUCUUCCCCAUCCUUAGCGCCAUAUUGCUUCUGCUGGGUGGAGUGUGUGUUGCUGCCAGCGGCUUCUACAAGAGCAAAAGAAACAUAAUUCUAGGCGGAGGGAUUCUCUUUGUAGCUGCAGGCUUAAGCAAUAUCAUCGGAGUGAUCGUGUACAUCUCAGCAGCUCUGAGCGACAUCUCCCCCAAGAAGGAUGAGGACAAGAAGUGGCACUACUCCUACGGCUGGUCCUUCUACUUUGGCGGCCUGUCCUUCAUCCUGGCUGAGAUGGUGGGUGUCCUCGCUGUCAACAUCUACAUCGAGAAGAACAAGGAGCUGCGCUGCAGAUCUCGCAGCGACCUUUUCAAGAGCACCACUCACGCCGUUUUGCGACUGCCCAGCUACCGCUUCAGACGGCGCUCUCGCUCCAGCUCUCGCUCGACAGACCCCCCACACUCACAGGAGAACUCUCCCAUUGGUACGUCCAAGACCUUCAGCCUGCCGCCCUCUGCUCCACCCUUCUCUGUGGCCACUCUGCCCAACCCGCACCACGCCAGCAGCGGUGGAAGUGGAGGAGGCGGCGACAUCUCCAUGUACACCCUGUCGAGGGACUCCAAGCUUGGCAGCCUAGGAGGCGGCGCCCCACCUCUGUAUGGCACGGUGGAUCGCGCUACCUUGUACCAGCUCCACAACUACUUCCCGAAGGAUUCCAGUGGCAGUGGAGGAGGAGGAGGAGGAGCGGUUAUAAACAGCGGCACACUCCCAUCCCACUCCAAGUCCAACUUGGCGGCAGCAGCGGCUGUAGCCCAGAAUGCAGCACCGCUGAAUACCUCCACAUCCGCCACCACACCAGCCCAGACAGCUCCAAUAUCUACAGCCACCAUGGAGAGGGACAGGGGCAACAUGGGGACCCUGGACCGACUGACGGCCAAAAGGGACAGGGAUAGCAACUCGGAUACACUCAACAGGAAAACUACGCCAGUUUAAAACUAAAACUCAAAGAGGCGGAAUACAUUAGUUGAAAUGUUGUGUAUUUAAGAUGAAAGAGGGAGAGUCUUUGAGCCUGGGGUAUCUAACUGCCAUAAUUACUUACCAAUAUCAUAAACAGUCGUAUAACACCUGAGAUUAUAUACAACUUCUAGACAACGGCUUUAAAUGGUCAUGACUUAAGAGGCAAAACAUUGUUUGUCAGAUAUUUAUACAGCAAUGGUGCAGUGGAGGCUUCAGUAAAAAGGAAGCUUCAUUAUUUUACAACGUCACUCAUACACAACUGGGAUGUUCCCACUAACACUAGGUUCGGUGCAGCAGUUGGUUGUAAGUGCCUUGCUGAGUAGGUGAGGAAGCUCAGUAGUUAUUUAUUUCUCUCCGCUUCUACAUUGAAUCAGCUGCUGUGGGAAUACAAACUACAACUCAAACAAGAAGAACCGGUACAGCUUUAGUGUUGUGAGGCGCUAGCAACCCUGUUUAAACUGAACUGAAUCUAAUGUAAGGGUUAGAGGUUUUUUCACAACUAGACGUUCAGUUUAAUCCUGCAGACCAACAAAUCUAUGCCUUCUGGUAUUAUUUCCGGUAUACUUCUUGAAACUUUAAAGCAUCGUAAAUAAUAAAAGCAAAGAGUGGCCAAAUGACUCAAGCCACAAUUUUCUGUCACAUUCCUGUUUUAAAAAGAACAGAGAGCCACAGACGGGUACAUUCAGCCAAGUAACAAACUGCUCAGUGAUGACUUGAUUGCCAAUUCAAGUUCAACAGUAGCUACUUAACCUCUAGGCCCACGAGUAGGACAUAGCCAUAUUGAACCUACUGACCCUCAUACACGCACACAUGAGAAGAGGCUGACACACUGUGAGCCUGUUUAUUUGUCAUCAUACCUCAAAGUAAUUACAGUAACAGGUGGGCAUUCUCCACGCUCCAAGAGAAAGGUACUGCCAUAGACUUCUAGACUCCCCCUGUACGCCUCCAUUACACCACUGCCAUUUGUCACAGUUUGGGCAAACACCGUAACAAAUGUCCAUCUGAACAAGUUACUUCGUCUGGCAAUGAAUUGCUUGAGACUUGUAUUAAACCUGUCAAAUAUUUGCUGAACUCUGUCCAAAUGGAAGUAGACUGCGAUUAUUGUUUCACUAGUUUUUGGUUCACUUGACAGUAGGAAUUGCGUUAACAACUUACUGCAAGUUGUCGUCUUAAGUGAACAUCACUUUGUUUGCAAAAAGUGCAACAUAAAGAGGUUUUCUUUAAAGAUAUUAAUUGGAGCACAGCUACAACAGAAACGUUUUGCAAACAGUUAAUUAUAUUGCAAGAUAUUACUUCAAAUGUAGUUUAGCUUUGGUUUGGGAGAAUGGUUUCAAACCCAGAUAGUUCAAUAGCUGGCCGAGGUAUUAUUAAAUCACUGCAGAGAGUAGAAAUGUUGCUAAAUGCUCCUUCUAUGUCAAAGGAUGUACUUGUAAAGAUGGACUUUUACGAGAUAUUUGUGAUGUUUAAUUGCAAAAAUGUAUUUCAGGCUUUGUAUGACUGUUUAUGAAAAGGUGUUGAUACCGAAGGCUACAAGGCAGCAUCAGUUGAGUGUUCCUGGGCUGCAACCAGGCCACAGGGUGGGGGUCAAUUCAGUUUACACUCAGGGGGUGGUGUUUUAGUUAGAACGUAGCUAAAUAUUUAAAUCGUGUUACGCUAAUAUGAAAUAUCAACCAUAUUAUCCAACCAAGUUCCUAUCGUAUAACACAAGCACAUAAUGGAUUAUUGAAUAAGUCAUAAAUGAUCUCUAUAAAAAAUUCUAACAAAGUCACAUUUUGUGCGCAGCAUAUAUUUUAGAGGCUUUAAGGAGAAAAUAAACCUUUGUGAUAGAUGUACUGCGUGACAUUUUGAAUUGAAACCUAUACACAUGUCCUAAAUCUGACUUUUGGACUAACAAACUGAACUCUGAAUGCACUUUCGGACCAAUUGCGUUGGCAAGUUGAAUUCAACCCUGGUUGAAGACAAGUUGGAGGAGGAGGGAAAGAGGAAAGAGCAUAUCUGCUAGCUUCAGUUCCCCUUCCCUCCAUCUCUCUUUUAGCUAUAACUAUAUACUAUUUGACAAACUAGAAAAAUAAAUGUAUUAUGUAUUAUCAAUCCAUUUACUUCAACAAAAGCACAUAAUGUCUGUAAAUGGUAAUCCUUUGGUUGUCUUUUCAUUCUCAGUGAUUGAUUAUCAUCUCUCGGUUUAAUGAGAUUGUAACUCUUUGAGUAUUAAUAUCACGUUGCUGGUGUUUCUAUGAUCGUAAUGGUUAUUGCAGGGUAUUUAUACAUUUUGAAAUAUUUUUCUUUUUGUAAUUUUUUUAUAUUCCUGUUUUAAAUUGUCUUUAUCUUGCUUAUGUACACUAAAGUCAGUGGUGUUAUGUGGAACGCAUGUGCACAAUGUGAGAGGGUGAUCAUGUGUAAAUUCAUCUUUACAUCAUGCUCUAUUUUAUUAUGUCAUCACAUUUAUCUGUAUAGGGAGAGUUGACUGAGCGUGCAUGCUCUUUUUCAGCAACACUCUGCUUCACCUCGCAUUUACUGUCACAUUUAAAAUGGCAACCGCCCAGUAGUCGCUGGUAAUUGAGUUGCUUCCCUGGAACAACUGGGCGCUACGUGCCUUGAUCAUCGGUACAUUGCUAGUUGUCAUAUACUGUGAAUGUUAUUUUGUGUUUUAUUGUUGGGAAAUUAUUUUCUUACUUAUUUUUCGAAAAUCAAUUGUCUUUCUUGUCCUAGUUAAUUACUCUUCUCUAUUUCCAUCCCUACUUUAUCUUUCAUUUGACAUUUUCUCUAAACAUUACCAACGUAGCCUAAUAAUCAGUGUUUUUUAAUGUUCUGACCAGUGUAUAAGUGUUGGCGAUAGAAUGUAUAUUAAUCCAUUUAUUUUAGUGGUGGUAUGUAUUGAUAUUCUUAAUGUUAUAUUGUUUCAGAGUUCCUACACCUGUAACUUUGGGCUAUAAAGGCUUCACGCCUGCCUGUGACAUAUUGUCAGUAGCCUAAGUGCUGGGACAGUGGGCUAAAUGUGGUCUGUGUUGGUGUUGUCAGUGGUGUUUACAUGCUAAACAAAUGAGAAAAACAAAAUGCAUCAACAUGAUGCUUCUGAGAUAUGUGAAAUGUAAGAAAAAAAUUACUUAAGGCAUCCAAAUCUUUUUUUUUACCUUUUGUAAAGUAUAUUUAAAAGCGGAGGUUCUGUUUCUCUGUUUUAAGUUCAUAUCCUGAUGUGAAAAAAAGCCAUUUUAAAAGCCACCAGCUCCUUUUCCCAACACUUUGGCCACUGACAAGAGUCAGACCUGAAACUCUUCAAAUUGAAAACUGGUAUAUUUCAAAUCAGCAGACCGAUACAUUUAAAGGACCAUAAGGAAAAGGGGAAGCAAUACAAAAUACUGAUCCUCACUAGUAAAGACAAAAAA